UCCUCUCCGGCUUGGCGCAAUUUCCUCUCAUAGGCACCUCUGCCAUCGUCGUGUUUUCAGUGUGCGCGCUUACCCGCAACGCUCCCGAUUAUGCAGGGACUAGGAAAGACCGAGCGCGGAGACCAAGGCCGAGACAUGGACCUGACGUCGCAGAGAUCCACCAUGCCGGUCGGCGGUCCCCUGCAGGGUGGUUCAUCCUCUAACCUGAACAUGAACCUGUACGCCACCAAGAAGACUGCGGCCGAGGGGAUGCUGGACAUUGCUCUCUUCCUGGCGAACAUCACACACAUGAAGACCGUCAUCGAGCAGGGGGCGGGAUACAGGUACUACGCAGCUGUCCUGACUCUCAUCUCCUUCUCACUGGUUCUCCAGAUAGUCGCCGGGAUCCUGAUCGUUGUCAUAGCUCGCAGGGACCUGAACGUGGUGUCCAACCAGAGAUGGCUGGACUACCUGAAUAACGUAGCGACGGGUGUCAUCUUCGUCACCACGGUCAUCAACUUCUUCAUCAGCUUCUUUGGGUCCAAGAGGACGGGUUUCUUCCGCUGGCUGCUCGCCCGGCUGCACUUCUGAAGAACAAAACAUAACAUAUAUGAUGGAUAAAUUAGGAUAAAAAAUACACUACAUGAAUAUUUGAUGUGCUUGAGUGGAAUCAUUUUAACACGUUUUAACCCUUUCAUGCACCCUGUAAUGUGAUAAUGUGAUGAGCUGUCCACUGUAGUGACCGCUGUCCCUGAAAGGGUUAAUUUCUUUCACAAGAAACAUUCAUUUUCAACAUACUGAUUAAAUGUGAAGGUGUUCUACAAGGUGCAUUUUGGACUCUUUGCAAGUGUUUUUUCAGCACGAUUUAUCAGCAAAGGUGAUAAAUAAAUGUUUGGAUGAAACAAACGCAUCUUUGGUGUGCGUGUGUGUCACAGGGCGGCGGGAUGUAAAUAACUCCACUCUUCAAAAGCGCCUGGACUACUUGAACAAUGUAACCACCGUCAUAGUGUUCAUCACCACGGUGCUCAACUUAUUCAUCAGCACCUUUGGCAUGCAGCGCACAGGACACUUCCCAUGGCUGAUGAUGCGCAUUCACUGACACUCCCAUCGACCUACAAUCGAGAAAGGAAGACAUGGGAAGCCGUGUUAUCGUCACCUACAAGUUGGAUAUCCAGUUAAAACUAUUAAUCAGUAACCUUUUCAUGCACCAAUAAUGAUAACGUGUAACCUGUUAACAUGAGAAGCUGUCAACUGUCAUGACCGCUGUCCCUGAAAGGUUUGGAAGGAUUUUAAAUUGCAGUCGUCCUCUUUUAAAACUGCUUUACUCAUACUGUUAAAAUACCAUGACCUGAUUUGGCAGUUUCAAAAUAAAAUCAAAUUGCCAAACAUAAAAA